AGUGAGCAGCCAGUCUUCUGUCAGCCCGUGAGGAGGAUCCAGGGAACAGUCAGACGGACUGGUGGUCUUCUGUUAUCAGCGGAAAUGUUCAAAACAGAGAAACUAAAAGCUUUGGUCAAUGAGCGACUGAAAGCCGCCGCUGAGGACAUAUUCAGCAUAUUUGAAACAACUAUUAAAGACUAUGAGGAGAUAGUUUUUCGUUCAAAAAAGGAGGUCUACCAACAACGAAGAAGGCUGGCCGGGUGGAAAGCCCCCCUGCAGCUUUCUGUCCAGGAAGAGGACGCUCCCUCAGAGCAGUAUCGCUGUGAGAAGAAGACUGGCUUAUGUGAGGAUGACCAGGAGCCCCUGCAGAUUAAAGAAGAGCAGGAGGAGGAACUGUGGACCACUCAGGCAGGGGAAAAGCAGCAAGAAGAGGUUGAUACCAAAGACGCUAUGUUCAAUAUAAUUUAUGUGCAAAGGAAUGAUGGAGAUUUGCCCAGCAGCUCAUGUGAACAGUUGAAAUCAGAACCUGAUGAAGAAGGCUGUGGUGCAUCGGAGCCAACCAGUGACUGUCAGAUGAGUGAAGUUAGUGACUGUGAAUGGAGAGACAGUGGAGGAUUUCACUCAGGUGUGAACAGGAAGAAACCACAGCAAGCUGGUGAGACAGCAGACAGGCCGUACACCUGCAGCAUAUGCAACAAGAAUUUCAGAAUUAAAUCCAUUCUGACUCGCCACAUGAAGACCCACACAGGAGAGAAACCUUACAGUUGCGGUGUUUGCGGUAAAAGCUUCAUUCAGCGCUCCUAUCUGCAGACUCACAUGAACUCUCACUCCGGACAGAAACCGCACACAUGUAGUUUCUGUGGCAGAGGUUUCACACAAGUUGGAAACAUGAAUGCCCACAUUCGAAUCCACACGGGAGAGAAGCCUCACGUCUGUACUGACUGUGGAAAAAGUUUUAGAGAGAAAGCGGAUCUCAUUAAGCAUACAAUAAUUCACACUGGUGAGAAGCCAUACAUUUGCAUUGUAUGUAAUAUGAAAUUCAGUGCGCAGUCUAAUUUAACACGCCACAUGAAGACUCAUUCAGGGGAGAGGCCAUAUAGUUGCACUGCUUGUGGAAAAAGAUUCAUUCGGCGCUCCCAUUUAAUUAUUCAUAUGAAGACUCACGCAGAGACUCUCUAGACUGCAGAAAUUAUUAUAUUCGCUCCGUUAUUUAUUUGAUAAAUUCCUAGGUAGAAUGGACAAAGAAAAUGUAUAAAAUAAAAACUUUUUGUACAAGCCAUUUUUUCUAUGAGUUGUUGCUAUAUAGUUUUGCUGUAUCAUACUCAGCAAGUUGUAAUAGUGUAUGUUUCUCCAGGUGACAUUAAAUAAAGCAAGGGGGCAUUAUUAUGUCCUCAAAAAUCAUCACAA